UUGCAUACACAAAUAUUUUGUGCCUCUGAUAGUCGCCGCCUAGAUUUGGCCGUUAUAUUGUGCGUUAAUAAUUUGUUUUCUGUUAAUAUUUAAGUAAUCAAAAAUGUUUGGCCCCCGCGUCUUAUUCCUACAACGCAGAAAUGUUCUGCGCGUAAGUUCAGAUUCAUCCUUGGAGGGAAUCCCGUCUUCCUAUGCUGUCGAGUUUAAUCUGGUGAAAUUUAUUCGAAUUAUGAAUGUUCGUGUUACAGGUAUUCGAGAAGAACAUGUGGAACAUAUAUGGUCUGGUGAUAACGUUCCGCAUAAAAUGUUACUUGAACUAAGAGCUCAGACAGCGAUUGAGCUCUCGUUUUAUUUAAAAGUAUGUAUGAAAGUGUUAGUGGUGAGUAACACCGACCUAGACCAAAUAGCACAUGCCUAUAUGAAACUAGACACUCUGAUUAACAUAAAAAAGGAAGUUUUAAUGCAUUAUAUUGUGAUAAAGACGAUUAAAAAUUUUCAGAAGAAACUAAAUAUUAAGAGAAAAAUGUGCUAUGAUUUUCUAUUCCCAAUAUGUUAUGGAGUCACAAUGACGCUUAGAUCAGUUAUUGCAAAUCUACCCGAUCAAUAUAGUGCAAUAGUGGUUGACAAUGUAGAACUACAUGGAUAUACGCCACAUGAAACAGGAGGUAGUAGAUAUAGCGGCUUCAGUUAUAAUACUAGUAAAAAGAUUCUACGAACCAUGGCUCGUUUUCAUGCUGGUCCAAUAGCUAUGCGCAUUAAGAAAAAAUCUAAAUUUACGAGGAAAAUUAUUCCGAUUUUAAAUUUGGAGGUGAAGAAGUAUGCUAAAGCGCCUCCUUUCCAAACGCUUUUUCAGGAAUUGAUUAGCUGUGGACUAACAGAUUGCGAAAUAACACGUGAUCAUAUAGUAGAAAUUCGAGAUGCUCUUCACUGUUAUAGAUUGCAUGACAGGAACAAAAAUCAAACAGAUCAAAUUUGGAAUACAUUAAGCCAUUCCCGAUACUGGAAUCCCUAUAUUAUGACAAAGGAAGGCAAAGAAAGCAUCUUGCUCGACACAAGUAGAAUCAGUUAUGAUAGCUGUUGUACAAAUAUAAUAUCUUUUAUGUUUACAAGCGUAGAUCCUGAGGUCAUCGAACAACAGCCGCAAUUCGAAAAUUUGUUAACCGAAUAUUACGAUGCAUUUAAGCGUACUUUAGAAAAGCAUCAAAUAAGCCUCGAAGAAUAUACCUGGAACAAUUUUAGAACAGAAUUUGACACCGUGGGACGAAGAAUGUGCGCUAACAUCUUUCUCAACAUAAAAGCAAGUUAUUGCCAAAUCUUCUAUCCACAAGGGGGAGCAAUUGUUUUCAACGACGAAUAUCACAGAAGAUUGAAAGCUGCUGUAAAAAUGAUGGCAGUCUAUGAUUGGAUAAAUAUUUCUGUCUCCGAUUCUGACUCUUCAUCUUGGUAGCAAUAUCCGAAUUCUAUCUGCUCAUUUCGUACAUUUUAAUGAAAAGGUCAGAAAUUAGCAGAAUAUGCAUAGACGUUUUUACAUUUUCAAAAUAAUAGAAUAGAUAUAAUCUAUUUGAAGAAAAUGAGUGAUACUGUAAAAAAUACCUUUGUAUUAUUUUUAAAUUGUAACGACAGUGUAGAACGGAAA